AUGAAAGAAAAUAUUGCUGAACUAAUAGUUCCUAUAAUUAUUAAUAGUAAUGAUAAUACAAAUUUAGAGAAUCAAGAAAAAAAUCCUAUUAACUUAGAAAUCCAAAAAGGAAAUUCUAACACUCAAGAUGAUGAUUCAGAUGAAGAAGGUGAAAAUAAUAAAUUCCAGGUUUCAUUAAAUUGGAAUAAUCUAAUUAAUACAUGGAGAACACAUCCUGCAUUAGAUAAUGAAGCUAAAUGGAAUAUAAGAGACAUUUUUAUUGAUAAUUUAGAUGUCCCAUUUUUUGUUAAUGAAAAUACUUCAAAUUAA